GUAGUUCAGUCACCCUCCUUCUGCGAUCCAUCCUCCCACCCACAUGUCCGCAUAAACAACAUCAACGAAACAACAACCUCACUCCAUUCACUGUUCUCCCAGCUGUCUCUACUCCGGAGCCGACGCCACGCAGGUCUUGGCCCCUUCUUAGAGUGCAUCCCGCAUCCCUCUUCUGUGCUUUGCCAGAUAUCCGCCAGGGCGUUCAAUCACCUCACUCGGUCAGAUCGAGGACCACUGGCCCCAUUGCGUUAACAUCUGCGUACACCCUUACGUGUGCAGUUGCGGCGUCUCCUCUCUGUCAAGGCCAGCCGUCGCAACUACCCCAUACGACUCUGCUUGCUCCGUUGCUGCGUCCUUAGUCUCGCCGCUUGCGUUCCCAGGCCGGUGCGUCCCGUCCUGACCCCGCAUCUGCAUGCUUAUCACCUCCACCUCCACUCCGAUUUCUGCGCUCUAUCCAAUCUCCGCCUCCACAGCGUCACCGCAUUGAACAUGCCGCGUCGGGGCGUGCAACCCGCUGUGGCUGCGCCCCUACCCCCGCCUCCGCCAUCGCCCAACGUGCAGCGCUUGCGACAGGAUUGGCGGUGGGCAGGCAUUAGCCAGUUCGUGUGGACGUUCUCUGACGCCUUCGGACUUGUCGACUGGGACAUCGAGACUCUUGAGCACGAUUUCGACGGCACUGAGACUCAAGUUAUACCCGAUCUCAUUGCAAAGAUGCUUUACGCACUCACAUGGAAUCGCCAGAUAAAUCGCGACAACGCCUUCGAGCACCUUCACAAGCAAUGGCUCAAGAGAAAUCCCGAAACGAACCCUUUUGGUUCACUCGACGAACCGAUCACCUGGCACGCCUUGGGAUUGUCCCAGAAAGUGGAGGCCCUCUGGCAACUUACUGAAUGGCAACUCGCAGACCCGACUCGAUUGCGCUCCCUUCUCAAGACUGAGGACGACCCAGCUUCUUGGCGCGUCGACCCCGUUGGGUGGGACAAGGCAGGUAACACCUACUACUUGUUUGAUGAUAAUCGCCUUUGGGUUCAGCGUCCGCGGCCGCAGCCGCCGCGCCCUCCAAAGACGACUUCAAUCAAAGCUAAGCGCAGCCAGCGCUCUGUCAAGCGCUCCGACGUCUCUUCUACAAAAUCACAUAAGAAGAGCGCUCCCAAGGAGAUUGCGACCGCCGAGCCAGAUGUAAUGUCCGAAGAAACGGUUUCGGGACCUAGGAAACGCACGCAAGUUAAGUUCUACGGCAACGUAACGCCUACUGUUGAGGCCUUGAGGCGUGGCGGCCCAUUACCUCCAACCCCUCGCUCAAGCCGCACCACAAGAAGUUCGGCUCGUACUGGCCCAGUACCAACUUCUACUUUCUCUCCACUCAACUCGCCAUCCCAGCCUCCUCCAUUGCCGCGCGGAACACGCGUUAGCCGCCGCCUCCGCAAUGUAGACGACGAGUGGCAGCAAAUUCCAGACGAGUGGUUGCAGCCUACCACCAAAUCAAGAGCUGUCGAGCAGAUCGCUUCCGAAAGCGCCGCGCUCAAGCUUGCUGACGGGGAUGAGAGCGAUCUGUCUGAUUUGACGGACGAAGAGGAGCAUCAGGCAGAGCUCCAGGCUACUCAGGCAGCGCGGAUGGAUCGCCCAAAGGAAGACUCGCCCUUGUCGGAACCGCCCGAGCCUUCCACUCCCCCAGAUAUUCCUGUCGAUGUUGCGGACGAUGCCUACCAUUCUGAGCCUGGAGAUGUCGAUCAGGAGGAGGAGCCCGGGCGCGACUCCAGCGGUGAAUUCGUCAAGGAGGACCCGGACGAGGUCGUGGCACAUGAGCCGGAAGGCCAUGCCAAAAUAGAUGCUUCAAUCGACGAGGGGACCACGUUAUCGAAGACCAGCAACGAGCUAUUGAACUUCGAGGGCGGCCCCUUGGAUACUGACAUUACCUCGGCCAACGAGGGCGCGGUUGACGAGAACGCCGACAAGGAUGUAAAAACCAUCACUUGUUUGGCCGGGCCGAGUGACGGAGCUGUCGCGGCGGACCAAGAGGCCGUAAAGGUGGAAGAGCCCACCGAACGGGACGAAGUUAAACUCGCUGCUCGGGAGGCAGCAAGUGUGCCUGCAGGCUUCAUCGAAUGGGAAGCUGUUUGCGUCACGCUCUACGACUGGAGGACGUGGCCGGAGCAAUUCGCCAAGUCUCGCGAUCCAGAUGAAAAAGCUCUUUAUAAGCUCUUAGUGAACGACGUCGCGCCUCAAAUUAUCGAAGGGCUGAUGGCCAAAGAGCAGGAGCGCCUCAAACAAGAGGCCAUCAAUAACCGCAAGCGAUCAUCGCGUAUCGCCACCCGUGAGCUCGCGCGAGAAGAGGAGCUGCGUCGAGAGCAGGCGCAGCGCGAGAUGGAGGAGCGAAUGGAGCGCGUGCGACAGGAGGAGGCCGCUCGAGAAAGGGCCCAGGCCGAGGACCUCGCGCGCGAGCAACGACGCGAGGCGAGGUUGCGUGAACGCGAGGAGCGACUCGCUAGCCGCGAGGCUGCCAUCCUCGCCCGCGCUGAAGCCGAGGCCAUGGAGAGGGAGCGCGCUGAACGGAGGAGAGAGCGCCGUAAGCGCCGCCGUGACGGUGAGGACAUCGAGUCGUCAUCUGAGGAUGGCACUUCUUCGCGUCCUCUCACACGGCCACAGACGCCGAACAUGGGCGACAACUCUUUGGGCCAGGACGCCUCAAGUGCGCAGUCUUGGGAGCUCAAGUGUGAAGUUUGCAAGCGCCAAGGCUGGAAUCUGUCCGAUGAUGACGACGUUGUGUGUUGCGAUGACUGUGGGCGCUGGCAGCAUGUGAAAUGUCACGAUCGUAAAGACCUCGCCGCUGGUUUCGGCAUCCGCGAUUGGGACAAGGUCGACUUUCGCUGCUCGGAAUGUGAGGCACGCAAGAGCAAGCGCCCGCGUGUCGAGAAUAUUGCACCUCCCCAGGCGAACGGCGGUCGCCAACAUGUCCCUCCCGAGAAUGGGUCGAGUGGUGCCCUCGGUUCAUCGCACGCCUCAAUCACUUCCCGCGAGGAUACGCAUGUUCCUCGCACCCAUGGCUAUCACCCCUUGCAUGCUCUGCCAAACCCGCAACAUCAACAUCCUUCCCAAGGCUUUCCGCAUGCUGCCAAUGGCAAUCCCUUGCGGCCCGUCGCUGUCUCCCAGCACGUCGCUGCUUUCUCGCAUGUGCAGCACUCGCACCACCAGCGCCAGUACCUCCAAGAUUCCCAUCACCUGCCGUCGCCCACUCUAUCGCAUCACCCGCACACCUCGCCCCAAGCGAGAUACCAUUCAACUCCCCAGCCUGCCCCACCGUUUGCACAUCGCGCAGAUCAGCCGUCGUUGGGUCACAUCUCGCCGCACCCCGGCUCCCGUAUGCCUCUGUACAGCGAGCCUCACCUUCAGCAGGGGCAGCCUUUCCGCCCAGUGUUCGCGGCCUAUCAACGAGAAACUCGUGACCCGCGCGUUGACCAUCCGCUGGGCCCGCACCGCCAGCAGCCACAGCAGCCACAGCCGGGCGUAACCUUCCACCGUGAUUACUCCAUGCCUAACGGGGAUGGGCACGUGCCGCAACAUUAUGGGUAUCACAACACCUCCCCCACCUCUCAGACACAUCCGAUGCCGCCACAGCCGAUGCCGUAAUCAAGCACCGGAGACACCACCAACUUCGGUAUUGUCAUAUUAGUCAUAUUGACCCGAUAUGCAGCUCUUCCACAACGUGCCCGAAAGAGGGGUCUGUAGCGGAUCGUACCUCUGCGAGUAGCAGUACCUCAUGAUGUGUAUCUGCAGCACUACAUAUAUUGAGCUCAACUAUCUCCCGCGCCUUGUCUCUCUCAA